AUGUCGUCGACCACUCAACUUCGCUCCCUCAACUACGACAACAUCAACCCUCACGUCAAAGCCGCCAAGUAUGCCGUUCGUGGUGAACUUGCUGUUAAGGCAGAGGCAAUCCGCAGGGAGAUUGAGCUUGACCCAUCUUCCCACCCAUUCGAUCAUGUAAUCUUCGCCAAUAUCGGAAAUCCUCAACAGCUUGACCAAAAACCAAUUACUUUCUUCCGUCAAGUUCUAUCGCUUAUCCAAUACCCGGAUCUUCUCCAGGAAUCGAAUGCUGAAGUUGCCAAGCAAUUGUACCCGGAAGAUGCUUUGGAGCGUGCCAAAUGGUUGCUCAAGUCGGUCAAAUCCGUCGGUGCAUACUCUCACAGCCAGGGUGCUCCUCCCCUGCGUGAUAGUGUCGCCAAAUACAUCGAACAGCGAGAUGGUCAUCCUGCUGAUCCUGAAUCCAUCUACCUCACCACUGGUGCUUCUUCUGGUGUUAACACUCUAUUGCAUGUCAUUGCUGCUGGUCCAAAUACCGGUGUCAUGAUCCCAAUCCCACAAUACCCAUUGUACACCGCUACAUUGGCCCUCCUCAACGCUAAACCGGUUGAAUAUUUCCUCGAGGAACAUGCUCAGUGGAGCACCAACUGUGAUGACCUCUACACUGUUAUCGAGAAGGCCAGGUCGGAUGGCACGGAUGUCCGCUGCAUUUGCGUCAUCAAUCCUGGAAACCCAACUGGUGCUUCCCUCCCAUACAACUCGAUUGAGGACAUCAUUAAAUUCGCUGCCGAGAAGAAGCUGGUCAUCAUGGCCGAUGAGGUCUACCAAACCAAUGUCUUCAUUGGCGAAUUCGUCAGCUUCAAGAAGGUCCUUCGUGACCUCCAAAAGAAGGAGCCUGGCAAAUACGAUAAUGUUGAGCUCGUCAGCUUCCACUCGACAAGCAAGGGUAUGGUUGGUGAGUGUGGACAACGUGGUGGUUACUUCGAGCUUGUAGGUUUCGAUCCAAAGGUCGUCCAAGAAAUCUACAAAUUCGUUAGUAUCUCACUUUGUCCACCAGUCGGUGGUCAAUGCCUGGUGGAGUUGAUGGUUAACCCUCCAAAGGAAGGUGAACCUAGCUUUGACCUUUACAAGAAAGAGUAUGAUGAUAUUUACAACGGUUUGAAGACACGUGCUUAUGCACUCCACAAGGCCUUUGGCGAGAUGGAGGGUGUCGAAAGCCAGGACCCACAGGGCGCUAUGUAUAUGUUCCCAACCAUCAAGUUCCCACAAGGCGUCGUCGCUGCCGCUGAGAAGCUAGGCAAGAAGCCCGAUGAGUUCUACUGCAUGGAGUUGCUCAAGGCUACUGGUGUCUGUGUCGUUCCUGGAAGCGGGUUCGGACAAGUCGAUGGAACCUGGCAUUUCAGAACUACAUUCCUUGCUCCUGGUACCGACUGGAUCGGCCGAAUUGUUGAGUUCCACAAGAACUUCUUGAAUACUUACAGAAACUAG